AUGGUUUCUCGCGGAUCAACAAGGAACGCCGGCAAUGGGGGAGGUAUCAAUGGCGUAGCCCAACCGACAGUUCGGGGACGGACACGAGCCCAAAGUCGAGGUCGCGGAAGUGUCCGAACCGCUAGUUCGAGUACGACCCCAUCCGCGCUAGCUAUUUUGGCUAUCGGUAGGAGCCAAGGGGGCCAAGGAGGAGAAAUUCCUCUCACAAAGGAAGUGAUGGCUGAACAAAUGGCACAAGUCCUCCGGAAUACGUUGCCAAAUAUGCUUAAAGAAAUGUUGGGUGACAGACUUAAGGAUAAUGAAGGUGGGGAGGAAGGAAGCGUUCGACACGAGAACACUCAAGUCCCUGAAAGGGUGGAAGUGUCUGAUAAAGAGAAGGUGGAGUCGCUCAUCAUCGAGAGAACCGAGUUGACUGCAAAGGAGAGAGGAUGCAGUUUUAAAACAUUCAAAGGCACCGGGCCGAAGGAAUUUAAAGGAAUAGAGGGCCCAGUUGGCCUGAUGAACUGGGUAGCCAAGAUACAGAGCUGCUUCAAAAUUUGUAGAUGCGUGGAAGAUCAAAAGGUGACUUAUGCUGCCACAACCUUUGUGGACUAUGCAUUGCAUUGGUGGGAGUCUGAGUAUGCAAUCAGAGGUGAUGAGGAUAUUGCUGCCAUGACUUGGGAACAAAUGAAAAAGACGAUGAUGGAUAAGUACUGCUCGCAAACGGAGGUGAACAAGCUAGAAUCCGAAUUCCUAAGAUUAAAGCAAGGAUCGUUGUCAGUUCAAGAAUAUGUUAACGAGUUUCUUGAAAAAACGAGGUUCGCCAGUUACCAGGUGGCUACCGAGGAGAGAAAGAUAGGUCGUUUCAAGGAUGGCCUAAGAAUCGAAAUCAAACGUUACGUGGACAUGACUAAGCCGACCACCUUCGUACAAGCAGUGGAGAUGGCAAAGGUGGCAGAGGAGAACAACGCUAGAGAGACUGGUGAUAGAAGAGAGGCAAAGAGAAGGUGGGAAGGAUUGAGCAAGUUCAACAAGAAAUCCAAAUGGACUCCGACUCUGGCAAAAACACGAAGUGGGGAAUUCACUAUCCCUUCAUGUAACAAAUGCAACAAGAAGCAUAGAGGAGAGUGCAGAGCGGGGAGCCUGACAUGCUAUAAAUGUGACAAACCGGGGCACACCGCACGAGAGUGCCCGGAAGGAAGGACUUGUUAUGAAUGUGGGGCUACAGGACAUUUGCGUCCUGACUGUCCAAAGCGUCGCAAUGGUGCGAUACCCCACGGGAAGACAGUGAAUAACGGAUUCGGGAAGAGAGCGGAAAAUAGGAAGGAGCUACCUAAGGGACUCGGCCGAGCUUACAACAUGACUUUGGAGGAGGCCAAGGAAACACCCGAUGUCGUAUCUGGUAUGUUCCCUAUCAACAAUGUGUAUGCACAUGUAUUAUUUGAUUCGGGUGCGAAUGGUAGUUUUGUGUCUACUACCUUCUGCCACUAUCUGAAUAGGAGUGCCUGCAGACUAGACAAAACCUACACUGUAGAAAUAGCCGACGGCAGUCAGUGUAAGAUAGACGAAGUAUUUGAUGAAUGCACGAUUGUUAUAGAUGGAAAGGAUUUCCCUGUUAGGCUUAUGCCAAUGUGCCUAGGAGGUUUUGACGUAGUCUUAGGUAUGGAUUGGCUGUCCAACAAUCAUGCGCAAAUUCUAUGCAAGAAAAAGAUGAUCAAGAUUCAAACUCCGGAAGGAGAAACGAUCCAGGUUUACGGUGAUCGAAAGAAGGGUUGCGCAGGGUUGAUCAAUGCAAUUAAGGCGAAUAAGUGUCUGCGGAAGGGUUGUGUGGCUUACCUGGCAUACGCCAUCGACGCCAAGCUCGAAAAGAAGGCCAUACAUGAUGUACUAGUGGUGAAGGAUUACCCAGAAGUAUUUCCGGAUGAAUUACCGGGAAUACCAAUGGAACGUCAGAUAGAGUUCCGAAUCGAUUUGGUACCAGGUGCGAUACCAAUCGCAAGGGCACCUUAUCGCUUAGCCCCAACAGAGAUGCAAGAGCUAAUGAAGCAAUUGCAAGAACUCUUAGAUAAAGGAUUUAUCCGGCCAAGCUCGUCGCCAUGGGGAGCACCGAUCUUAUAUCCAUUGCCGAGGAUCGACAACCUUUUCGAUCAGUUACAAGGAGCAAGCUGUUUCUCGAAAAUCGAUUUGAGAUCAGGUUACCAUCAGUUGAAGGUUCGAGAAGAGGACGUGUCGAAGACCGCUUUUAGGACUCGAUACGGACAUUACGAAUUUGUAGUAAUGCCGUUUGGGUUAACAAACGCACCUGUGGCAUUCAUGGACUUGAUGAAUCGAGUUUGUGGACAGUAUUUGGAUCAAUUUGUCAUAGUCUUUAUAGAUGACAUUUUGAUCUAUUCGAAAAGUAAAGAGGAGCAUGAACAGCACUUAAGGAUGAUUCUUGAAUUAUUAGCAAAAGAGCAAUUGUACGCCAAGUUCUCAAAAUGUGAAUUUUGGUUGCAUGAGGUACAAUUCCUCGGUCRCRUAGUCAACRCGGAAGGAAUCAAGGURGAUCCGRCUAAGAUUGAUGCAGUUAUGAACUGGGAAUCUCCAAGGUCAGUAUCGGAGAUCCGAAGUUUUCUAGGCCUAGCUGGGUAUUACCGAAGGUUCAUCCAAGAUUUCUCCAAGAUAGCAACCCCUUUGACAACACUGACAAAGAAGUCGGUUAGGUUUGAUUGGGGGACAAAACAAGAAGAAGCCUUUCGGAUACUCAAGGAGAGGCUAAGCAUUGCACCGGUUUUAGCACUACCGGAAGGAGUAGAAGAUUUUGUCGUUUACAGCGAUGUGUCAAAGAUGGGUUUAGGUUGUGUACUAAUGCAGUGA